UUGUUGUUCUUCCGACAUUGAGGCGGAGUAUUCUAAACCAUACUUGUUAAACAUAUGUGUUUAUGAAGGUAAGAGAUGAAGAGGUGACCAAGUCUCACUUGUGGCAUAAAGAGGCGAAAAAUAAGAGCAUUCUACAAAAAAUAGACUCCAAAACUUCCGUUAUGCCAAGCUGCUACGAUAACCCACCUGUUGUAGCUGUUGUGGUGAAGACAAGAGGCUGUCUCUCUCCGUAUGUGGUCUUCCUGCUGCUGGUCAUGGCAAACUUGUGUGUUGUGACCGCCGAGGAACCAAACAUUUUACACAUGUUGAAGGACAUGUUUGGCGGCGAGAAUAAGAAUUUGCAAUUUGAGGUCAAGGGAGGCCAUAUAAAGGUGAUGGCGAUCACAGCCACGGACGCAGAUAUCAUAAUAAGAACAAGAACGAAUGACAAGGACUGGAUCGUCUACUCUCUUGUCAUUCUAAUGACUGCUGCCUGCAUCAGUGUUUCAAUCAUUUUUGGUUGCCGCCGCAGCAAAAAAUCGACCGAGACUGUUGAACCCAGAACCUGCCAAGCUCAAGACAACACAAAGGAAACCGCUGCAACACCGCAAGACUCUGAAGCAAGUUCCGGAUCAAAGGAGAGUCCCAGGACAUAUUUGAAGGCAUUGAGAGAUUCAGUACCGGAGAACUCGGCUUCUGUGGCUGAAGGACGCACCUGCUCUAGGAGAACUUACCUGUUCUUUGGAUUUCGCAAUAUGCUAUUCUUCCUGUUGCCUACCAUUGGUAUCGUCUUGCUGCUGGUUGGCUGGACUACUCAAGAUGCAAGAUGCAAGUUUUAGAAGAUAAG